GCAUCGUUAUCGAAGGUCGACAUCAAGAGAUAUCUCGGCCAGCAUUUUCGACUUCCUUCCCAACACCACCAAUCGGAGUCUCCACCAAUAGAAUACAGCCAAAAUGCCCAAGUCCAAAAGAUCCAAGGUCGUCCACUUGACGCAGGUGUCCAAGAAGACCCGCGAGGAUAAGAACCGCCUGUUUGAGAACGUCCGCGAUGCCGUUCCCGAGUACCAGCACAUUGUCGUCUUCGCCGUCGAGAACAUGCGCAACACAUACUUGAAGGAUGUAAGGAAAGAGCUGUCUGAUAGCCGCAUAUUCCUGGGUAAAACAACCGUCAUGUCCCGUGCACUAGGUCGCACCCCCGAAGAAGAAACGGCCGAAAACCUGCACAAGCUCAACCCCUACGUCACAGGCGGUGUAGGCCUGCUCAUGACGAACCGCCAGCCCUCCGAAGUCAUCGAGUACCUGUCCUCCUUGUCCGAAGCCGACUUCGCGCGCGCCGGCACCGUCGCCACGCGCGACUUCAUCAUCCCGUCUGGCCCCGUCUACUCAACGGGCGGCGAGAUCCCUGCUGAGCAUGACGUGCCCAUGGGCCACACGAUUGAGCCCGAGCUGCGAAAACUCAACGUCCCAACGCGGAUGGUCAAAGGCAAGGUGGUGUUGGGCGAGGAGGACGGCAGCUCCGAGGGCUAUCGUGUGUGCAAAGAGGGCGAGGUGCUGGAUUCGAGGCAGACGAGGCUAUUGAAGCUGUUUAGUGUGUGCAUGAGCGACUUCACUAUCAAGGUUAGGGCGUAUUGGACGGCGGCCACUGGGGAGGUGACGGUGGUGGAUGCGGAUGCCGAGAGCUGAUGGGAUUAAUGUUUCAAAGGGCGGCGUGUGUCUUAUGUUGUUCUCGUCGCAUUCAUGACUGGGGCGAUACCAUCUGAUGGCAUGGUAACUGGCGUUCCGGUAGUGGAAAAAGGAAACGGAUUGGCAACCGCAUUUGUGUUGUCGCAAACCAAACUUUAUCAAUUUCAUGUAUGCAGGCCCUGAAAACGGGUGCAUUACUGGUGGCAUAUGUGGUCAAUGUGCCCUCACAACAGGAGAAUCAGAAGGAUAAUCAGACAUAACCUCGCUGAGACCAAGUACGCUCAGGCGUUCUAAGACUCUCAACUUGUAUCAUAUAUGCCCCUAAUCAGCUUGCCGAUUUCUCACUACAACAACCCAACCACCAAAAGCAUAAAGGCAGUUAGAUGUGGCGCCGGGCAUCCUC